UAGAAGAUGGCAGUGUGGAUCCAGGCCCAGCAGCUCCAGGGAGACGCCCUCCACCAGAUGCAGUCUCUGUAUGGGCAACACUUCCCCAUUGAAGUGAGACAUUAUCUCUCCCAGUGGAUCGAGGGCCAACUCUGGGACACUAUCGACUUGGAGAACCCACAGGAGGAGUUCAAGGCCAAACGCUUACUGGAAGGUCUGAUUCAGGAGCUGCAGAACAAAGCGGAGCACCAGGUGGGAGAGGACGGCUUCCUGCUCAAAAUCAAACUGGGACACUACGCCAGCCAGCUCAAGAGCACGUAUGACCGCUGUCCUCUGGAGCUGGUGCGCUGCAUCAAACACAUCCUCUACACGGAGCAGCGGCUCGUCAGGGAGGCCACCAAUUCGAGCUCCCCCGUAGGCGGCCUGAUGGACAGCAUGUCUCAGAAAUACCAGCAGAUCAACCAAGCCUUCGAGGAGCUCCGCCGGCUCACCCAGGACACGGAGAACGACCUGCGCAAGCUCCAGCACAACCAGGAGUACUUCAUCAUCCAGUACCAGGAGAGCCUGCGCAUCCAGGCCCAGUUAUCCAGCCUGGCCACACUGCCCCCUGCUGACCGACAGUUACGAGAACCCCCCCUCGUAACCAAGAGAGCCACGAUGGAAGCAUGGCUGACCAGGGAGGCCAACACACUACAGAAGUACAGACUGGACUUGGCAGAGAAGCACCAGAAAACACUGCAGCUGCUGAGGAAGCAGCAGACGAUCAUUCUGGACGACGAGCUGAUUCAGUGGAAGAGGCGGCAGCAGCUGGCAGGCAACGGGGGCCCGCCGGAGGGGGGCAUGGACAUCCUGCAGUCCUGGUGCGAGAAGCUGGCGGAAACAAUCUGGCAGAACAGGCAGCAGAUUCGGAGGGCGGAGCACCUACGACAACAGCUGCCCAUCCCAGGGCCCAUCGAAGACCUCCUGAAUGAGCUCAACAGCACCAUUACAGACAUCAUCUCAGCCUUGGUCACCAGCACCUUCAUCAUUGAGAAGCAGCCUCCACAGGUGCUAAAGACCCAGACCAAGUUUGCCGCCACCGUUCGCCUCCUCGUGGGAGGCAAGCUCAACGUGCACAUGAACCCGCCGCAGGUCAAGGCCACCAUCAUUAGCGAGCAGCAGGCCAAGGCGCUGCUGAAGAACGAGAACACCAGGAAUGACAGCAGUGGAGAAAUCCUCAACAACAACUGCGUGAUGGAGUACCACCAGACGACGGGCACGCUCAGCGCUCACUUCCGGAACAUGUCUUUGAAGCGGAUCAAGCGGUCGGACAGGAGAGGAGCAGAAUCCGUCACCGAGGAGAAGUUCACCAUUCUCUUCGAGUCCCAGUUCAGCGUCGGAGGCAAUGAGCUCGUCUUCCAAGUGAAGACAUUGUCACUGCCGGUAGUGGUGAUCGUCCACGGGAGCCAAGACAAUAAUGCCACGGCCACGGUGCUGUGGGACAACGCUUUUGCUGAGCCAGGCCGGGUUCCAUUCCUGGUGCCGGACAAGGUGCUGUGGCCUCAGCUGUGCGAGGCGAUCAACAUGAAGUACAAGGCGGAAGUGCAGAGCAACCGCGGCCUCUCCGAGGAGAACCUGAUCUUCCUCGCCCAGAAGGCCUUCGGCAGCACCAGCACCAGCGUGGAAGACGACCGCAACAUGGCGAUGACCUGGUCACAGUUUAACAGAGAAAGCCUGCCUGGUAGGAACUUCACAUUUUGGCAGUGGUUUGACGGCGUGAUGGAACUGACAAAGAAGCACCUGAAGCUACACUGGAAUGACGGAGCCAUACUGGGCUUUGUGAACAAGCAGCGGGCUCAAGACAUGCUGAUGUCCAAGUCCAACGGCACCUUUCUCCUGCGCUUCAGCGACUCGGAGAUCGGAGGCGUCACCAUCGCGUGGGUGGCCGAAAAUCCCAACAAAGCAGGCGAGAGAAUGGUGUGGAACCUCAUGCCCUACACAAGCAAAGACUUCUCCAUCCGCUCUCUGGCCGACCGCAUCAGCGACCUCAACCACCUGCUGUUCCUCUACCCCGACCGGCCCAAGGACGACGUCUUCUCCAAAUAUUACACCCCUCCGCUCUCCAAGGCGGUGGACGGCUACGUGAAGCCGCAAAUCAAACAAGUGGUGCCUGAGUUUACAACAUCCAAUCCAGAUCCGACAAGUGGGAAUCAAACCUACAUGGACCACGUGGCCUCCCCAGCAGCUAUCAGCCACCCUCACACCUACGGCAUGUACCAACCAAUGAGCGACUCCAUGCUGGACGGCGACGCAGACUUUGACCUGGACGACACCAUGGACGUGGCGCGGCACGUGGAGGAGCUCCUGCGGCGGCCGGUGGAGGGCCACUGGGGGGGCCAGCAGAAGCAGCUGGCUCUCUUCUGCCAUCUGGUGGACAGAAAAGGAAACAGCCAAGCCAAGAUCUGUCCGGGUGGCUGGUCUCGGACGAUCAUGGAGGCGCACCUGCUGGAUGUGGAGGUCCUAGGCUGGUGUUAUUACAUGUGGUCUGCGGUUGUGAGGCCGUUUGGAUGUACUGCCAAAUUCGCGGGCACCACGGGCAGUCAGCAUGCCGACUACACGCUCCCUCAAAAUCACAACACCAUGACGCGGAUGAUGAUCACGUGGGCAAAGACAGGAAGUGCGGUGGCGAACCUCAUCCGGCACGAGGAAGUGGACUCGUCGUCUCGUCCUGCUCUUCGGAACCUCACGAGCGAGGUCAGGACGGUUCGGGAACCUCCGGACCGCUUCCGAGUAGCGGCGGGAAGGAGGUGGAGGGGGGUGACACACACACACACCGGCUCCGUGUUCCGGGGGGCACCAACAAGUCCGAACCGCCUUUUUGUGGAUGAAAAAUGCUGUGACACCGCGGAGCUGCGAACCAUGGCGGGGCUCCACGCUUCUUCAGAUCCGUCGGGACAUUUUCUGGACUUGAGCCGGCCGAACGCCGCCGCCAUGGCCGCGGGGUUCGGCGGGGACACGGCGGCGCUGCCUCCGGCCGGCACCCGUCCUUACUUGGAGGUGUCCGCCGGCGCUGCCCGGGGCUACGAGGGAGUUUACAGCAACGGGCGCUACCGGGAGCGCAGCAGCCCGACGGCGGGCGCGGGCAGCCGGGAGCCGUCCGCGGACAGGAGCCAGGGAGGAGCGAACACACCUUGCGGCAUCAUGAAGGUUGGUGGGCUCAAGGACGGAUCCAAGCAGAGGCAGGUGAGAAAAAAGACUGUCUCCUUCAGCUCAAUGCCGAACGACCGCAAGAUCAACAGCACGGCUGCCUGCAUGGCGUUCAUGAUGGAGGGCUGCGAGAUGAAGAAGGUUCGAUCCAACUCGCGCAUGUACAACCGCUACUUCCUACUGGAUCCGGACAUGCACUGGCUCCGCUGGGAGCCUUCCAAAAAGGACUCUGAGAAGGCCAAGCUCGAGAUCAAGAGCAUCAAGGAGGUUCGAUUAGGGAAGAAAACCCCAGUCCUUCGCAGCAAUGGUCUCUCCGAUCAGUUCCCAGAUGAAUGCGCCUUCUCAAUCAUCUACGGGGACAACUACGAGUCGCUGGAUUUGGUUGCCAGUACAGCUGAUGUGGUCAGUACCUGGGUGAUGGGCCUGAGAUAUUUAGUGUCUUAUGGCCGACACACCGUGGACAUGGUGGAGCCCAGCCAACCAAGUCUACGAGCAUCUUGGAUUAGCUCUGUGUUUGAACUAGCAGAUAUGGAAAAAGAAGGACACAUAGACCUUUUCAGGUCUACUCAGAUUAUCAAGGGGCUCAACCCUGGGAUGAAAGAGUCGAGGAUAGAAUUAAAGUUCAAGGAACUCCAGAAAGAGAAAGACCAAUACGGUGAGGCAAUUAACAUGGAUACCUUUGUCGAGGGCUACUGUGAGCUGUGCACACGGCCAGAGAUUUUCUUCCUGCUGAUGCAGUUCUCAAGUAACAAGGAGUACCUGGACUGUAAAGACUUGAUGCUCUUUGUGGAGGUGGAGCAAGGUGUAGAAGGUGUAACAGAGGACAUGUGCAGAGAUAUGGUUUUUAAGUAUGAACCAUCCGCCGAAGGCAGAGAUAAGAUUUACCUCUCCAUCGAUGGCUUUACACACUACCUCCUCUCCUCUGAGUGCCACAUCUUUGAUCCUCAGCACAAACGUGUGUGCCAGGAUAUGACUCAGCCCAUGUCCCACUACUACAUCAACUCUUCACAUAAUGCCUCCCUUCUGGAAGACCACUUCUGGGGUUCAUCAGACAUCAGCAGUUACAUUCGUGUUCUCAGAAUGGGCUGUCGCAGCAUCGAGGUCAUUGUGUGGGAUGGCCCCGAUAACGAGCCAGUGGUGUAUGUAGGUAGUUCUGUGGCCUCACAGCUAGUUUUCUCCAAGGUUCUGGAUAUCAUCAACCAAUAUGCCUUUGAGAGCUCUGAGUAUCCCCUCCUUCUCUGCUUAGUGGCUCAUUGCUCCAUCCCACAGCAGAGGGUCAUGGCCCAACACAUAAAAAAAAUUCUAGGUGACAAGCUAUUUGUUGAUUCUCCUAACAAAGACGAACAUUACCUACCCUCUCCUGAGAAUCUCAAAGGUAAAAUUCUCCUCAAGGGUAAGAGACUAGAGCCUAGCUGCAAUGAACCUGAAGGGGAUGUGACAGAAGAGGAUGAAGGUCUAGAAAUGUCCAGAAGGGUAGAGGUAGAUGACCGCGACCAUCUUAAUGGCUUGGGUUGCAAAAGGCUCAGGCUGUGCAAAGAGCUCUCUGAUCUUGUAUCUCUCUGCAAGUCAGUUCAGUUCAUGGACUUUGAGACCUCCAAAAGGGACCAAAAAUACUGGGAGAUCUGCUCCUUCAACGAGGUCGACGCAAACAGGUUUGCCAAUGAGUUCCCAGAGGAGUUUGUCUGCUACAACAAACGCUUUCUCUCCAGAGUCUACCCCACUCCGAUGAGGAUUGACGCCAGCAACAUGAACCCCCAAGACUUCUGGAAGUGUGGCUGCCAGAUUGUGGCAAUGAACUACCAGACACCCGGCCUGAUGAUGGACCUAAACCUUGGCUGGUUCCGUCAAAAUGGCAACUGCGGGUAUGUUUUGCGACCAGCCAUCAUGAGAGAAGAGGUGUCCUACUUUAGUGCCAACGCUCGGGAUUCUUUACCUGGGGUGUCCGCGCAGCUCCUUCACAUUAAGGUCAUCAGUGGGCAGAACCUACCUAAGCCCCGCGGCUCUGCAGCUAAGGGUGACGUGGUGGAGCCUUACAUAUAUGUGGAGAUUCAUGGCAUUCCAGCUGAUUGUGCCGAGCAAAGAACCAAGACUAUGUCCCAAAAUGGCGACAACCCUAUUUUUGACGAGAGCUUUGAAUUCCAGAUAAACCUACCCGAACUGGCAGUCUUGCGCUUCGUGGUUCUGGAUGAUGACUACAUAGGGGAUGAGUUCAUUGGCCAGUACACCAUUCCCUUUGAAUGCCUGCAGCCGGGCUAUAGGCACGUCCCUUUACAGUCUCUGACAGGCGAAUUCCUACCCAACACUACACUGUUUGUCCAUGUAGCCAUCACAAACAGACGGGGUGGAGGGAAGGCCCACAAGAGAGGUAUAUCCGUCAUGAAGGGGCGGAAGGCACGGGAGUACACCAACACCAAGACCACUGGGAUCAAAGUGGUCGAUGAACUUUUCAGAGCUUCUACGCAGCCGCUGAGAGAGGCCACAGACCUUCGAGAAAAUGUACAGAAUGCCGUGGUGUCCUUCAAGGAGCUCUGUGGCCUGACGCCCGCAGCCAACAUGAAGCAGUGCAUCCUGACCGUGUCCACGUGGCUGAUGAACAGCGAGAGCUCCCUGCAGGUGACGGUGGACCUGAGUGAGACGUACCCCACCAUGGAGGCUCAAGGACUUGUGCCCGAGCUGCUGCGCAAAGUUCUCAAUGCCUACGACAUGAUGAUUCAAACCAGCAGAACACUGAUUGAGUCCGCUGAUGUGGUCUACUCCAAGCUGAUGCAAGCACAGCGUGCAGGUCUUGACUUCCACGAGGACCUCCAUCGCAUCGGAGCCAAGGAGGGUCUGAAAGGUCGUAAGCUCCAGAAGGCGAUGGAGAGCUACGCUUGGAACAUCACGGUGCUUAAGGGCCAGGCGGACCUGUUGAAGCACGCCAAGAGCGAGGCCCUGGACACCCUGCGUCAGAUCCACUGUGCGGCUCAGUCCUGCGGCCUCAGUAAGAACGGCGCCUCCUCCCCACAGCCGCAGCCCCAUCUUCCUCAACAGCACCACUACCCCCUGCAGACACAGCAGCAACAACCUCAGACCAAGACCCCUCCAAUGAUGCCCCAGUCACAGACUCCAACCCAGACCGGACCUCCUCCUUCCCCGCUGACGCCCCUCCCUCUGCUCCAAAGUGUCCCAACACCACCAGCUUACAACCCUCCCCCGGACCUACCCCAGUUCCAGAGAGCCGCCGGACCCCUGGACUCCAUCUUCGAGAAGGAGCCGUUCGGACGUGAUCCGGCGGGAACCUGCUGACCCGCAGCCUGUGCCCACAGAGGUGACAAGGGGACGAACGAGGGAGAAAGUAUGAAAGAAGUGGCGGGUGGGGACGGUGAAGGAAGGAUGACGGAGGACGGAGUCAACCAGAUGAUAAUGAGGAUGAUGGCGAGGAAGAGUCGGCGCGUAAGAAGCGAGACGCAAGUGUGAAAGUAUCCCUCUAGGUGGCGACGGUCGCCCACCAACACAACUGGACAAACUGCCCUUUAAAGGUCAAAGAUCACCACAACGUAUGUGAAUCUAGGUGUCAACGUAUUCAAAUGUAAGAAAGGAUGAUAUAAAAAUAUAAAUAUAAAUUGCCAUAAGGACUCAUGUAGACAUGAAUGAUUCUAAUUGUUGUUGGUUUGAUGGAUAUUCUAACUAUUUUUUAACUAUUCAUUCCACGUACGUGAUCGUUUGUUCGGACACCUGGCGCUCUUUACGGGUUAGCGCCACAACGCCAGGGUCCAAAAAAAUGAGUAAUGAUGAUUUUACAAAGGUCAGCUGUGUGUAUCACUGUCAAGUCGACCCAUUAAAAGUGGCUUCAUUGUUUAUGCCGUUUAUUCUAGUGAUUGAUUAUAUGAUAUUUUCUUAAGAGGAAGAACCGUCUUUAAAAAGUGACCUCGGCUCUAACAGGCGCCGAGAGCCUCGUGCGUUUAAAUCAAUUAGCGCCCCACCUCAAGUGGAAGCCCUAAUUGCAACAUCCAGUUUGACC